UCUAAUGCAAAAUAAGCUAUUGUUGCUGUCGCGACAGUCAGUUAGUGACUUUUAUCUGUUCAUUUUUCAAUUAAUAUAUUAUAGCGCAUGAAGUGAAACCGGAAGAUAUUGGAAUCGUAGUCCGGGGUAAUCCAGACAAGCAACCCUUCAUGGUAGGUUACUUUAAGAGCUCCGGUGUAAGAGAAUCCAAAGUCCGACAGAAGCGUGAUGCCAGAAGGAAGAAGAAAAGCGAGACUACCAAUUGGGAUUACCGGAGUAAUCCUUAUACUGAUCCUGGAGCACAAUAUUACUCACGAACCUGUAAAAUCCAAACAUUGUAUGUCAGUUUUCGUGAUUUACAGUGGCAGGAUUGGAUCAUCGCGCCGGAUGGGUAUGAUGCGUAUUAUUGCAGCGGGGAAUGCAACUUUCCCUUGAACGCUCAUAUGAAUGCAACCAACCACGCGAUAGUCCAGACUCUAGUGCAUCUGGUGAGCCCAGGCAAGGUACCUAAACCAUGCUGUGCGCCCACCAAACUUUCCGCUAUAUCCGUAUUAUAUUUCCUGGAUGAGAGCAAUGUUAUCCUUAAAAAGUACAAGAAUAUGGUUGUUAAGAGUUGCGGCUGUCAUUAAAUUGUUCUUUCAUUAUGUUGUUCAAUCUACGAUAAAAUCAAGAUGCGUAGAAACUAAACCGGACAAUAAUUUAUCAAUCUCAUUUUCAAUAAUAAUUUUGUAGGUGCUUUCAAAA